CAGCCAAGCACCUAAAACCAUACACUGGAACGACUGAAUGUACAGUAUAGAAAGAAAUACAAAACCUGCUCAACACUCUUUCUCGCAACGCUUCGGAGGCAGCUGAGUGGUUCAUCAAAGAUAUGAGAGCUACAGCUGAACUCGUGGUAUUGCUCUUCACAGUUUCGCAAGGUGUGGGAGAGCCCUGUGAUUGCAGAAGAAAAGGAGCUCAGUGUUAUGGACCGCUGGGUCAAGAAAUAGUCCUCUAUUUGAUGGACAAAAUCACACUUCAGUUUACCUUGAUGAAAGAAAAAAAAAAUGUACUUAAAUGGAGAGAGGGGGAAUUGCAGAUUAAAGCAUCUGAAAGAUUUAGCUUCACCCCAAAAGAUGGAAUGAUGAAGAUUGAAAACCUGAUCAAGAAUGAUACUAGCAAUUAUACUCUUUUGGUCUAUAACCAAACCGGAUUUGAACUUGAGAAUCGGAGACUGCAGUUGUUCGUUGAAGCUCCUGUGACCUCCAUUCAUCUAGUCUCGAAGUGUCCGUCCGAUGGAUUUCAGCAGGUGUCUUGCUCCUCCAAGGGAGGGGACAAUCUUCAAUACUGGUGGAACCUAAACCAAAAACCACUGCAGCACACUGACCUCGUCUCUGGACAUGUUCAGGAAAACAAAAUCAGCCUGAAAAAACACGUCUCAGGACAGCUAGUCUGCUCUAUUAGAAAUAACGUCAGUGAAAUCCAGAAAGAAGUUAGUCUAUCAUGUGUGUUCAUUAACUGCACCUCAAAUGGGACUCUCAUAACUCAGUGGUUGCCUGAAAUCAAUAAAGCCCUGUGUGACAAUCCCACCUCAGGAUCCAAGACCCCUCAAAGUAAAAGUAAGAAUUAUUUGCCUAUAAUGAGCGGCAUUCUCUCAGCACUGGUGAUCCUCUUAAUGAUUGGAUUGGCGGUUGUCUUCAUGCAAAAGAAAAAGAAAAGCGAUAGAAAAGAUGAAGAGGAAUUGGUGUACACUGACAUCAGGAUCGUUGAUCAUCCGAGGAGGUCAAUGAAAGUGAGAGAAGAAGUGGAGGUGGAGUACGGCCAAGUAAAGUUUUCCGAGCAACCUCGUCGAACUGUUGCGAUGAAAGAUGAUGGAACUGUUUAUGCCCAAGUCCGCAGAGACAGGGUUGCGGGCGUGCUGGAGCCUAUCCCUGCCUAUCCCAGCUAUCUUCGGGCGAACUUCAUUUAAAUGACAGCAUGUAGUUUUUAGUUCAAAUGCGGACACGUAGGGGAAUUCCAACUUUAUGAACCUCAUCGAACAUUUCUACAGUAUUUCAAAUUCUAAAAGAGUCACUAAUGGUGUUGACUUGCCUGAAUCCUGCGUGGGCAGCAUGGGUUCAGUUCCCACUCAGUGACAGUGUGACUAUC